CGUCUUUCUUGCCGUACUUCCAUCUGGAGUUGCUUCUGGCAGCGCGUUGGCGAGCGCGAUGUCGAAUCUGGUGUCGAUACCGUUCAAGAGGACGUACGAAGCGAACGUCAAGGAUGCAGUGCGGUUGUACAUACACGAUCAUACGGGCAGCCAUCCGGACGCGCUGAGGCAUGACAUCGCGGAGUGGGAGAAGCUCAGGAGGGCAGCGAUUGGGAUGUCGGUCCAUGCGAAUCGGGCAGGAGACAUCACAAGAUAUCAUGCGCAAUUGCUCCGCAUACAGAGCAAACUUCCAGCCGAUAUCGGCCUUCCCAUAGCAUACGUACCUGCAUUUGCUGACGCGAACGCGCUACCCAUCACCCUGAACGAUCUGCACUUCGAGCGCGCGGCUCUGCUCUUCAACCUCGCCGCGCUAUACUCGCAGCUCGGCGCGUCGGAGGACCGAUCUACAUUCGAUGGUAUCAAGCGCGCCAUGGCAUACUUCUCUGCCUCCGCAGGGACCCUGGCCUACCUCAAAUCAUCCGCCCUCCCCAAGCUGCCCCCACCACCCGAUACCCUCGCACCGACCUCUCCCCUCAUCCCCUACACUGACUACCCCCUCGACCUCACACCGGGCUUCGUCACGGGCCUCUACCACGCCAUGAUGGCACAAGCCGAGGAGUGCUUCUGGCAGAAGGCGAAGAUGGAUAACAUGAAGAAUACGAUCAUCGCGAAGUUGGCGUCGUCCGUUGCUUCGCAUUAUCAAUCAUCGCUCGAAGCCAUCCGAGGCGCGACACCGUCGAUUAAACAUCUAUUCCCUACUAGUUGGCUUGCAUACAUCGAGACCAAACAAUACCACUUUGAAGCCGUAGCGCACUACAGGAUGAGCCUGGUCGAGGGUGAGGCGAGUCGCUACGGCAAAGAACUCUCCUACCUGACCGAGGCGCUCGCCGCGGAGAAGAAAGCAUACGAUGUUGCUCGAAAAGGCCGCGUCGUGCAAGCGGUGGCCAGGGACGUGCAGACCUUCCUCGACGUCAUCCAAAAGGACCACGCGCGCGCCGAGCGGGACAACGACCUGAUCUACCACGACUACGUGCCCGCGGGCGCGUCGCUAGCCGUGGUGACGCCGACGCAUGUAGCGAAAGCGACCGUUCCUAAAGAGCUAGAAAACCCGGCGUCGGUGGAGGGGACGCCGUUGUUCGAGGAACUGUUGGGGUGGGGGGCGAAUGAAGCGAUCAACAUCUACGACGACCGCAAGCGGAAGCUCGUCAAGGAGAAGGUCGUGGACCAGAUUGAGGAAAUUAAGCAGCGGGCGAAUAGUAAACUUCAAGAACUCCACCUCCCUGCCGCGCUCGACGCCCUCGACCAGACCGUACGUCUGCCGCCGAGUCUGCUGCGGAAGGCGGAGGAAGUGCGACUGGAGAAGGGGCCGGAGAGGAUCGAGGCGCUGAUGGAUGAUGUGGGACGGGUGGCGGGGUUGGGGAGGAGGUUGUUGGAAGAGGCCAUGUCCAUCCUCGACGACGAGGCGGAGGAGGACGAGAACGCCCGCGCGCAGGGGUUGACGCAGCGGCGGCCAUCGCAUGAAGCAAAUCAAGAGUUGAUGCACAAGUACGAGCGGUAUCAUAGUGUGUUGACGCAGGCAGCCGAAAGCGACGAGUCCGUGCGGCGGAAGUACGACGAGUGGGAGGAGAGCAUUGGCGAGCUGACGUGGGACGAGAUCCGCCUCGAACGCGCCAUCCCCUCCUCCACCGCCCCCUCCGGGCGCUCAACCCGCGAGACCGAGAUCCACCGCCGCGCCCUCCGCCUCCGCCUCGAGCACCUCGACGACCUCCACCGCGAGCUCACCGACUACGCCCGCCGCGCGCAAAACCUCGCCGACGCGGACGACGUCCGACCGCGCAUCGUGCGCGCGGCCGCGGGCUUCGCGCAGCUCGCGGAGGUCGCGCCGGUGGCGUUUGAGGAUAUUCUGGACGACGAGCUGGCGAAGUAUGACAAGUUUUUGGGCGCGGUGGAGGAUGGGGCGGGGAGGCAGGGGGCGGUGUUGGAGGAGAUUGAGCAUCACAACCAGUUGCUGCUGGAGUCGAGGAAGGAAGAUCCGGCGGCGAAGGAGCGCGAGCGAGCGCUGCAGUCGUUGGACUUGGCGUACCACAAGUACCGGGAGAUCGUGAGGAACUUGGAAGAGGGGUUGAAUUUCUACAACGAACUCUCGAAGAUGCUCACGCAAUUCAAGGAGGCUUGCAAGAUGUGGGCGCGUGAGAGGAGUCAGGAGUUACAUGCAAUGAUCCAGGCGAGGGAGAACAUGGCCUUUCAGCAAGCAACGCCGCCGCCCGAGUCGCCUGCGCCUCUGCCUGAACGAGAGCCAGAGUCCGAGUCCGAGCCGGAGCCUGAACCUGAACCUGAAACCGAAUCCGAAUCCGAGCCUGAACCUGAGCAGCAGGUUGUACCAGAGUCUGAGCCAGAAUCGGAGUCGGAGGAAGAAGAGGAGGAACCCGAGCCUGAGCCAGAACCUGAGCCAGAACCUGCGCCAGCACCGAGACGCACCACACGUACCCCAGCUCGCAAGACAGCACCGGCACCAUCGUUCCCGAAGCCAGCGCCCAUCGGGAAGCAGCCAGCUGCGUCGAAGAAGUCGACCGGCCUUCCUUCGCUCAUGGCAGCCGAUUGGGGCUUCGAGGACGUACCGCUGGCGCCUGGUCCGCCACCACCACCCGCACCUGCGGCGACGCCUCGGCGCAGCUCUCGACGACGUUGAUUCCACGCCUGUUAUAAUAGGACAGAGACGUAUGUGGGAGGAGACCAUGGUUAUAUUGCAUACUUACUACGGCGUGGUGCAUGGAUAACGAUGCUUGGAUGGUAAUGUAGGACGAUUCGGAGCGCGAUAUAUGAUUGAUUGUAUGCACGAGGAAAAGAAGUGCGUGAUGAGAUGGAUGGAUGGAUGGGAUGAGGCGGCCUUCAGCCAAGUAAAUACGUGCGUGCGUGCUUGCGACAGGGAAGAAAAAGGAAGAACAGGAGCAGAGAUAAUCGACACAGGCCUUGAGCCUGCCCAUAAAAACCUCCUAGAGUGCUACAGGGUAAAUAUCCAUGACAACAACUU